AUGUCCUGGAUGGAGCAUGGGGAAGCAGAACCACUCCACAACGAAGCUGUCACUCUAGCCUUUCUCUCUAUUAACGAGACCACGAAGGCUACCAUAGUCACGAGACUGGAUCCAGGAACGAUUGAGAACACUGGUUUGCGGAGAAUCCCAGACGAUGCUUUUACCAGCAACCCACGUCUGAAAAGGAUUUAUUUGGAGCGGAACCAAAUAGAAGUGAUGCCUUGGAGCUCAGUGACGGGCACCUCUCUUGUUCGUCUACAUCUAAAAGAGAACCCCUUGGCAUGUAACUGCAGCAGUAAAUGGCUGCAAAGACUGUCUCUGAAUGCACUGUCGGGUUCUUCAGGGCCGAGUGUGGACGCAGUUACGUGUAGCCAUGACAACGGACUCGCCAGGCUUUCCGAUGUCGUUAUAGAGAACUGUGAAAAACCAUCUUUGUCUAUUGGGUACAAUGGCUCUACCUUUUUGGACAUGACUUUGGAAGUGCCCGUUCCAGAGGGUGGUAACGUGAGCAUAGACUGUAGAUGGAAGGAUGGUCUCCCGAAGGCCUCUCCUCGAUGGAACACCGAUGGGUUGGCCUCCGAUUACGCUGUUAUCCUGUCAGAAGAUGGAAGUAGCCAACGCCUCACUCUCUCCAAUGUUCACCGUUAUGAUAUGGGGGCGAUCCAUUGUGAAGCCCGCAAUGUGGCGGGCGGUUCUCGUAUCUCAUUCACACUGCUUGUGCUUUCUAGACCGAGGAUUUUGGCGUUUCAGUACGACGAAAAUGCCAUGUUUGAAACGAUACGGUAUCAGAUUAGCGCAUAUCCUCCUCCCAGAUUGACGUGGUUCAAGGACGACGUCGAAAUGAAACCUUUAGGUCCUCCGCAAUACAACAAUGUAACGCAAGAUAUCACUGUGGCAUUCGAAAUGCCGGGGGACUGUUUAAACAUCUUCAAUACACGGAGCCUGGGUCUGACGCACGGACACUUGUUGCUGAAAACGGAAUCCGCCCAGAUUACAGGCUUGUACACCAUGCAAGCCUCAAACUCCUAUGGCACACACAAUGCUAGUAAAAAGGUGUUUUUCUACAAGACGAACGCAACUGGUGGAUCAGGUCCUCCAAACCCUAAUUCUAGUAGACCACACGGUGGACAGAAACCCUUAGUGCCGGCCAAUAAGACACGCCCUCAGCAGCCUCCCAAGAAACCCGAAGAGAAAACGGAGAACGUUUCUGCCGCGGACAAGAACAACAAUCUGGUGUACGUGGCCAUUGCAGUGAUACUUGGUGUCGUCCUGACAGUCGUACUUAUUGCAGUGCUCAUGGUCCGUCGGUACAACAAGCGCUUGACCAGCGACCAAGCCGAUUUCGGCAUGGCGCUCAGCUCUAACGGCUCCCGGCGACCACUGGUCAAGACCAGCAACGCAGGCUUUGUUCUCUCCAGGAACAGGUCUAUCAUCGCAAGGGAAACAAUGCCACUCAAAGCCGAAAACAUCAUAGAAAAUCCCAAUUAUUUCCAAAAAAACAAACCCGGAUCAAAAGUUUCUGGCGUUAAUUAUAUCAGAAAAAGUAACAUCCGGUUUAUCCGUGAACUUGCGGAAGGUGCUUUUGGCCGUGUGUACCUUGGAGUCUGUGAACACCUGACCGAAGAAGACGACUCCACCGUGGUGGCCAUUAAAGCUCUGAAAGACAGCGAGAGCGAGGACACGAAACGAGACUUUGAGCGAGAAGCGGAACUCCUUACAAACCUGCAGCAUGAAAACAUCGUCACUUUUUACGGUGUAUGCGCGGAAGACAACCUUUUGAUUAUGAUAUUCGAGUACAUGGAAAGCGGGGAUCUGAACAACUUUUUGAGGCGAAAUGGUCCCGACGCAGCCUUUCUUUGCAAAGGUCAUAUAAACAUAGAGCAGUUGACAAUACCCCAGUUACUUCACAUCGCCCUGCAGAUUUCCAUCGGUAUGGAGUACCUGGCUUCUCAGCACUUCGUCCACAGAGAUCUGGCCACGCGGAACUGCUUGGUUGGAGACAAACUCAAAGUGAAGAUCGGCGACUUUGGCAUGUUACGGGAUGUGUAUAGCACGGAUUACUACAGGGUUGGUGGCAGUACGAUGUUACCUGUGAGAUGGAUGCCUCCGGAGAGCGUCAUGUACCGGAAGUUCACUGUCGAGUCGGACGCGUGGAGUUUCGGUGUCGUAAUGUGGGAAAUUUUCACUUACGGCAAACAACCCUGGUACGAGCUAUCCAAUCACGAGGUAUUGCAGCACAUCCAGAACGGCAACCUGUUGGAAUGCCCCCGCUACUGCCCCGAGGAAGCUUACGCUAUUAUGCUUGACUGUUGGAAGCGACAGCCUCAAGACCGGCUUACCAUGAAAGAGAUUCGUCUUAAACUGGAUAAGAUGUGCUUAUCUGAGCCUACCUACCUGGAUCUGAUAGCCUGA